GCGAAGAAAGGAGGAUUCCUUUGCUGCGUUCGGGCGCAGGAAUCAGGGGACGAGAGUCCGAACCCUACCAACCCUGCAGAGGAUUAUCUUGAGCCGGACACGACGGACCCUGCAGAAGUUCGUUUGCUGCCCCCUGGCCGCUUGCUGCACCUGGCACGACACUGCGGAGCACGACGGGCGUGGUGGAUCCGGCGUGACCACCCUGUGCUGCACCGAAUCCAAGUGCAUCAUGGCCUAGGUCAGGAUCAUUCCGGUGACAGCUACCGAGAAGGCUUGCAGGAGGCUCUCGUAGCAGCCCACGGCAUUCGUCCCGCAAACUGGGCCCCCGUGGACGAAGCCGCGACAUGUGCUUGUUGCAACGCCGACUUCCUUUGGUCUUCGAUGCUCCGCUCCGAGCCGCACAAGCUCGCGGCACGUUGCCGUUGUCACUCCUGUGGCGCCGUGGUUUGUGUGGGUUGCAGCGAGCACAAGCAAGCCUUGCCGCAGGCGUCGGAAUCCUCCGAGAAGUUCGCGUUUGUGACCGCUGCUUUCUCCAGCCGAAGGGCCUGA